AUGCAUAACGACUCGCUAUGUACUGUUCAGCCAACCUUGAUCUCUACCCUGGGGCUACCAAUUAUUUAUGCGUUCCUCUGUGUCACUGGUCUCCUUGGAAAUUCUCUCUCUCAAUGGAUAUUUUUAAGGAAAAUAGGUAAAAGAACAUCAACACACAUUUACCUGGCACAUCUGGUGACUGCAAACUUAAUUGUAUGCAGUGCUAUGCUUUUCAUGAGCAUGUACUUCUUGAAAGGUGAUGAAUGGGAAUAUAAAUCCAUUCAAUGCCAGGUAGUCAAUUUUCUGGGAACUUUGUCUAUGCAUGUAAGUAUGUUUGUCAGUCUCUUAAUUUUAUGUUGGAUUGCCAUAAGCCGCUAUGCGACCUUGAUAAAAACGGAAUCCACACAAGAGGCCACUUCAUGCUAUGAGAAAAUAUUUUAUGGUCAUUUACUAAAAAAGUUUCGCCAGCCCAACUUUGCUAGAAGACUUUGUAUUUACAUAUGGGUCAUUGUACUAGGCCUAAUUUUACCAGUUAUCAUAUACUUUACAGCUGUAGAAGUUAGUGGAAUGGAAGAAAUCUGCUGCUACAGUAAGCAAAUGGAAUUAGGAGCCAACAUCUCUCAGAUUGCAGGCCUCAUAGGAACCACAUUCAUUGGACUCUCGUUUUUAGUUGUAAUGACAUCGUACUACUAUUUUGUUAAUCAUCUAAGAAAAAUGAGGAGCUGUACCACCAUUGUAGAAAAAGAUUUGACUUAUUGUUCUGUAAGAAGGCAUCUUAUGGUCAUUCAGAUUCUAUUAAUAGUUUGCUUCCUUCCCUAUUGCAUUUUUAAGCCCAUUUUUUAUGCUGUACAAGAUAGAGUUAACUGUGAAAUCCUAAAUAAGUUAAUAGAAUUAAAAAAUAUCCUCACCUGUCUUGCAUCAGCCAGAAGUAGUACAGACCCCAUUAUAUUCCUUUUCUUAGACAAAACAUUCAAGAAAACACUAUAUAAUCUUGGUAGGAAAUCUGAUUCACCAGGCUGGAGAGCUAGUACAGUAGGUAAACCACUUGCUUUGCAAAUGACUGACCAUGGAUCAAUCCCCAGCUCCACGAACAGCCCCCUUGAGCCCACCAAGAAUAAACCUUAA